CACAGAGCCAGGCGGGGAUUCCGAGCAUGAGCACUUCAGCGCAGACUUAAACAGAGUAAGGACUGGGGUUGUUGGGUUGUUUUUUUUUUUUGGAGUCUGCUGACACACCGCUGGACCAGACGACUUCUGACCCCCUCUUUAUUUUGGCGCCAGCGUUUUUCACACGCAGGUAACAAGGCACCGAACCGAGCAGCUGUUGUGUGAGAGUCGAUACCAGGUUCCCGUGUGGCCCAGUCUGAGCCCGCAAGAGCAGAACGACAACACAGAACCCCUGGGACCUUGUGACAGACAUCCAAAGUAUUCAGUGGCAUGGAACAAUUCCAUGUCACAGUGAAGAGGAUUUGCUGACUCCUCCCCAGCUGUGUGUGUUUGCUCAAAAAGUUGGCUUGUCACGAAGGAAACAGGAAUUCCAGUCGGAUUUUCGUGUGAUGGAAUUUCUGACAUCCAAUGGUUCUGUCUGUAAAACAUAAAAGACGAAGUAUCGGGUUCCUCUUUAAGAAUUAGGGCUCUUCGUAUAUGGCACAGCAAUCAAUAAGACAUUUUCAGUAGUCAUCAACAACCACACAAGGGGUGCCUGCUGUUGAACAUGACUCAUGGGGAGGAACCUGGCCCUGAGACACACCAGGAUUCUGCUGUUUUAACUUAUCUGGAAGGUUUACUAAUGCAUCCGGUUGCAUCUGGGCCUGGUGCCACGGCAACAAGGAGACCGGAGGCUGGCAGCAACAAUGGCGAGGCAGGAAACCAAGGGACCAGAGGCAUUCAGCUACCUAAUCACGGCUCUGGCUCGCCAGAAAAAGGAAGCCCUCCAGGAGCGGCCUCCCAGAACCUUAAAAAGGCUAGACUGUUGCGUUCGGGAACCUGGAGUGAGAUAAACAACCAGAAAAAAGACCCUGCUGAAGUGCAGGUGAAUGGACAGGGCAAAGAUUACCAUAAAAUUAAUCUGGAUAAUUCAGCACCGGGAGAGAGCACACUGCUGGCCUCUCUGCUUCAGUCAUUCAGCUCACGACUGCAGACAGUAGCCAUGUCUCAGAGCAUCACUCAGAGCCAAAAACAGCUAGAUGGAGAGAGUAGUGACAGAUCACAUACUGACAAGGACACCUUACAGGGCUACUGUACAGCCUCUAGCCGCCUCAAAGGCCUGAUAAGGAAAAACAAGCAACAGAGCCACAACACUGUGCCUUACAGUCGUCGCAAUAGCCAAGACCGACGCUCAGAGUCUCCUCGUUCGUCACAGAGCUCAGUGCCUGACAGAGUAUCCUGUGCAGAGAGAUUGAAGGCUGUGGCCAGUCUAGUAAAGAGCAGGUCCAGUCCUGCUCCUUCUCCUAAACCCAGUGUGGCUUGCAGUCAGUUAGCAUUGCUGCUUUCUAGCGAAGCCCAUCUGCAGCAAUAUUCCCAGGAACAGGCCUUAAAAGCACAACUAUGUAGCCGAUCAGCCAGCGAGAGACUGGCAGCCAUGGCUACACAGCAAACUAAAGACAAUAGACCACCCAGCAUGGGAGAGUCUGUAUUUGGUCCAGACAUUUUAAAUCCUUUUAAUACCCCAAACGGAACACUCCCAUCACCGACAUUAAAUUGUAGUCAGAGUAGCCCUUCUUUAAGUCUAGGUCAGAGUGCAACCACUAGCUCCCCUCGGCCCUCUCCUCACUCCCCUAAAGAGAAGCGUCCGUUUGACAGGCACAGCAGCCGGCCCCCACAAAACUGCAGCAGCUUGCUUCUGCUCCUCCUCAACAACCACAACUCCCAGAAGCAUCUUACUAAGAAUGGCCACCUGGAAGAUGACUUCACCUCUCCUCUGAGCCAAGCCUCCUCUCAUCAGUCUGACAGUGAGUGCUCCAACCCAGAAAACAGCUUGACCAAAGACAGUAGUGAUGCAGAGAGCUGCUACUCCAGCUGCUUCCCCAUUGACCUCUCCAUGAGGAGCCGAGUUUCCAGCCAAAAGUCUGAGCCGGCCUCCUCAGCCUCGUCUUUAGACAAGUUCACAGAGACUCUUAUAAGCAAGUGGAAGUCAGAGACUCUUGGGCCAAUGGUCCCUGAAGCCAGGGAGUUGGAAAUAAGCCCAGACAUGACAUCUCAUCAUAAGGUUACUCUCAUGCAGUUACUGUUGGAUCGCAGAAAUAAUGAGAUGGUAAACAAAAUUGCACCUUAUCCUGAUUUGCAGGAUGAUGUCACCCUUCGAAACAUGACCGGAAGCCCACUUAAACGGUUUGGAACACUGGAGGAGAGCAGAACACAGAACCCUUUUGACCAGCUGAUGGGCGGAGGUUUGUCGUCAUCUUCUGUCAGUGGAGAUACAAGCAAGACUCCUUCUCCUUACUAUUAUUCUUCACCCCUUGUUCAGUCCAGCCCUCUAAACCUAUGUAAGUCUAAACAUCACACCAGUGACAAGAUAGUGGAACCUGCUUUCACAGCCAGUAAAUUAUUACAAAAUCUGGCUCAAUGUGGUUUGCAGAAUGUAUCCCCCUCACCCCCUCUGCAAUCCUGUGGGCCACAGAACAAAAGGCAAAAAAGCUCAGAGCCUGAGCUAGAUAGAUCUCGGCCUCUUUUGGAUAGGGUGGCUGUUCCAAUAAAAAGGAACACUACACCUUUAUUCGAAUCACCCUCUGCCACUUUCUCACCCUUUUCUGGACCAGAGCAUUUACCUCCAGCAUCGACACAAAUAGAAAAUCUCCUGGAGAGACGGACUGUACUGCAGCUUCUGCUUGGCACUGCUUCCCAAAAGGAGAAAUCCACUGUGAGGAGAAGCACAGAGGUGGCUACGGGAGUCCAUGAAAAGCCUCCAAGGGGUUAUUCUCCAUGUGACAGCUCAAACGGACCUUCAUUGUACGUCACGGUCAAAACAGAGCCAAGAGACGAAAGUCUUCUUUCAGGCGUCUCUGACGAUGCCGGACGCCAUUGGAGAAUGGGUCGUGAAAGUUACAGCCCCAUCAUUGAAGCACACAGCAAUGUUAAAGAAGAAGCUAAAUGUGGACUUCUCAGCCAGCUCUUGAAACAGAAGACAACUACCUAUCAUUCAAGUCCACGCACAGAGCAGAUUAUUAGCACAGUGAAAGAGGAGCAACAGGAUUAUCAGAUGCCUCUUCCUAAAAAGAGGAAACUUUGUUUGGAGUUGGCUGAACACCUCAGUAAAGAACCUUGCCAGAGACCUCUGGAAACUGUGAGUGAGCGUCUGGUGUCUGAUACACCUGAGGCCCACAAUAGCAGAAGGCUGCCAAGCCCAAAAGAAGAGGACUUGUUCACCAAGAGUCCUGUGAGUAAAGCUCCCAUGAGAGACAGCCAAAGCUUCAAUGUUUUGAAGCAGCUCCUUUUGUCAGACAACUGUCUGAAGGAGAUAUCUCAACCCCAGGGGAUAUCUAGUCCUUUUCUCCCUCAGGCAAACUGCAAAGGCAACGGGAACUUCAGUCAGUCCAGUUAUAAUCAUGAACUUGUGAACUUUCCAUGGUUUCCUCAGACUCUUAACUCAGGGCCUGGUCAUUUUAUCUCGCUUUCCUCCUCACCAGGAAACAGCAUCCAGGGAUCCUCUUGGGAUAAGGGUAUCUCUCCUAGACCCAGUCCCAAAUCUGUGAAGAAAGAAACAGAAAGCUCACCAAGGUGGACACAGCCUGGAGAGGAUAAAUGUGAAUCCAGCCCUGAUUCUCCACCUCUAAUGAGGUCUAAUCCAAUAUUGUACUAUAUGCUUCAACAGAGAAACAGUCAGCUUAGAAAGGAGGUAGAGGAUCAUGCUCAGAGGACACACUGUGGGGUUACAGUGAAAGUAGAGCCAUGCGCCAACGAUCGGUACCAUGACGGCAGAAUAAGUACGAUUUCUCCAGUUCAGAUACAGAGACAAGGCAACAGAGGUGAACACCUUAGUGAGCUGUUAGAAAAACCAUAGAUUUGAACUGCCAAAGAACAAGAAUAACACAUUUUUGCGAAAGUAGUGUGGGUUUUGUUUUGUAACAAAGCGCAAACUACGUACCGCUGACCACUUUUUGUUUCACUUUAAUGAAUGCUGUAAUAACAGCCACAUUACACAUUAUAGACUGAGUGUGUUAUGUUUACGCAAUUUGACAUGUCGCAUUUCUUUUCAAUGCAUACGUCAUCUUUUUGAAGUUUGUACAGGUCCCGUUUCAGUCCAAAUCUUUUUCCUUUUCACAUUAAUAAAACCUUUUAUAGAAAGAGCAUCAUAUACGUACAUAUAUGAUACCAAAAAAGGUUUCAUUUAAAUAACUCCCUAUUUUUCAAAGCACAAUCUUAUAUUACAUGCACGUGUGUCAUCCGAGCGUCACGUCUUCACAAUAAAGGACAAAAAAAAACUAUUGACGUUUAUGAAUAAUUGAAGUUGAAGGAGAGCGAUCUGCUAUGUCUCAUAUUGUGCCACAAACUCUAUCCCAGUAGGAACGACCGUGACGAUAUCGGUCACGUACACACACACUCGUUGAAUUGAUUUACAAUGCUUUAAUUCUUACAUCAGGAACGAAUCUAUAGGUGUCGUCAGGUGUUUGGCAUGAAUAAAGAAAACUCUUUUUUUUUUUUUUUUUUUUUUUAAUCUGUCCGAAUAUCUUUUUAUCGUUUUUGUAUCUUUCAUCGUUUUGUACUUUGUAUACACACACACACACACACACACAUAUAUGUAGCAGUUCACAGACUUGCAGUGUCAAUAAUUCAAUCAUAUUCCCCCAAAGAUGUGAGUACAUGUUUGAGUGACAGAUAAGCAUGUGAAGCUGAGAGUACUGUGGGGGAAAAAAAAGUUUGAUUCAUCCUCCAAUUAAAUAUGAAUUCUAACAAAUUUUCACACAAGCUAUUUUAUUCCUUCUUCUGUAUGUAGAUACAUUUUGGAUUUGAUAAUAUUUGUGUAAAUAGAGCUUUCAUGAUGAAAUAUUACUAUUUUGUAUCGUUGAAAAAGCCCUAGUUUUUAUCGUCUCCGAUUGUAAAUAGAAUAUCUGUCUAAUAAUGUACAUAAAAAUACAGAAAAUAAGAUUUUUCUUUUUUUUUUUUUUUUUGCAUGUCUCUAUGUUGUGAGCUAACGAUAAUCCCCGCUCUUUGUUCUGCAAGCUGUUGUGUCAUGUCUGAUCUCUACACUGCUGCCUGUUGCAUGCACAUGCAUGGGAAGCACCUGCGUAUCAGUACCUGGAAUGAGAAAUGUCAAGUCUUAAAUAAAUAUUUUGUAAUUGUUUUUUUUUUUUUAUUACUACUAUUUUUUUUAUCACAAAUAGGUGGUUAUUUAAAGCAUCGGAUUUAACGAGACGAACAUAUAUUGGUUUGUAUUUUUAUCUUUCUUUGUGUGAAUUCCUUUGUUACUUUUUGAACAUUUGUCUAAGUUGGAUUGACAUUCUGUACAUUCAGAAAUGCAUUUGUAGCAAAAAACAAAAACAAAAAACACUCACGUAUCAUACUCCUGUGACGAUCAUGUUUUCCUUUCUUUCUUUCUUUUUUCUUUUUUUUUUUUUACUUUCUGGUGUAUUUGCACUGAUAUAAAUAAAUAUUGAAAUGCACAAGA